AUGUUUAUUUCCCUCGAGGUUCUCUACCACCAGAUGCUGGGUGCGAAGAUCAAGAGCGAUGUGGUCAUCGACUCGCGGCUGCUGAAUAUCGUCAAUGCGCUCCGCUUUAGCCGUGAUGGCACGUUCAACACUUAUACCCAGCUCGCCCCGGGCGCAGUCAUUCCUGACGGCGCGACGUACGGCCCGCACGUGUCCUCGCACGACGACCCGUCGCCCGACCUCCACGUGCAGUACAGCGGCGCGGCGCCCUCACUGAGCAUUUCCGCACCAACUGUAUACGCCCAACACGCGCCGCACAUGCACUCCGCGAGCAACGCUCAGGUCUACUCGUCGGGCUGCAAUGCUCCCGUCUCACCCACCGCGCCCAGCCCGUGA